AUGGAUACGCGGAUAUUUGGUGAUAAGACCCCCGACGAAGUCAAGCUCGAACGAUCUGGAAAGAUUAAUAAUCUCCAAAGAUAUCGCUUGACCCAAGUCUGGGGCCAAAUCCGAAGAGAUAACAUUCAGUCUCCUUUUGACUCGCCUAGAAUUCUUUUUAUAGAGGAAGACCUCCGGGAAGUUGUUCAAGAAGAGAUAUCCAUUAAAGAGGGAACUACCUUGAACAAAGAUGCAAAAGAGAGACUUGAUGCUUUAAAUGCCAAAUACUGGUUCCUAGAGCAAAAGUGGUGGUGUUACCAUUCCUAUCUAACAGACGGGAAUAUGCUAAGAGCGUUUGAGCUAUGGCGGUCCCAUCCUAAAUGGUAUAUGCACCGCUUGCUUGUUGAAGAUUGUGCUCGCCGGCAUGGGUGCUGCGCUCGUGGGUGUGGGUGUUGUCUUAACCGUACGACUGAUCCUACACGUCGUCUUGGAGUUGGGCAUUGUACCUUUGAGUGUGGAUGCUGUCGCAGAGCUCGAGGCUUUGACGUCUCUAAAGAAGAUAAGACAGAAUUAAAAGAACAGCAUCGCAAGGAGAUAAGCAAGCUUGUAAGGCACCGGCUCACACGAGUCGCACUAUGGGGGCUUGUUGGUGACAGCUUCGAGAAUCCGUUUGAUAUGAUUGAUGCACCACCAAGCUAUGGGCAGAUUGCAAAAGAUCGGCUUCUGUAA